CUUAUCAUCACUGCAAAAUCCUCUUAAUUCCCUCUCUUUUCUCCCAUAACUUCCUUCUCUUCUGUCACUGAACUUGUGCAGACUGCAGGCGCUCUUCCUCUUCUUCAACUUCAACUAGGGUAUUCUCUUUAAAAACACACUCUCAUAACCCUAAGCCUAUGGAAAUUUUUCAUCUUUCUGUUGCUGCAUAGUGUUUCUCGUAGGGACAAAAUAAACCUAUUAUCAGAGGCUGUACUAAGAAACUUUGAAAGAGCCUAGCCUACUCAAGGGGAAUACAGAUCAGAAGAAAAGAAAAUGGCAUCUUCAAGCUAUUCAAACCCACCAUGUGCAGCCUGCAAGUGUUUGAGAAGAAAAUGCAUGCCAGAUUGCAUAUUUGCACCAUAUUUUCCACCAGACGAGCCACAAAAGUUCAUCAACGUUCACAAAAUAUUCGGUGCAAGCAAUGUCAGCAAAUUGCUAAACGACGUGCCGCCCCAUCAAAGGGAAGAUGCAGUCAACUCUCUCGCCUAUGAAGCCGAGGCAAGGAUGAAAGAUCCUGUUUAUGGUUGCGUUGGAGCCAUUUCAGUCCUUCAAAGACAAGUCAUGAGACUCCAAAAGGAAUUGGAUGCCACCAAUGCCGAUAUAAUCCGCUAUGCCUACAAUGAAAUACCGCCGCCGCAACCCAAGGCGGCGUCCCAGUAUGGAAGGAGACCAGCCUCUGGCCAUGGCGUCUCCGGUGGUGGUUCUUUUAAUCAAAACUCUGAGUUUUAUUAUCCCUCUCAGUGGAAUAACAAUGACCCUAGUGGAGACGAUGAGAGCGGAAAUAUGUGAUGCUUUGUUAAAUAAAUAAUUAAUAAGCGUAUCAAGAUUUGAUAUAAUGUAAAAAUAUUAUUAUUAUUGUAAUUAGGUUGUUGGGGGAGAGCUCCCAUUUGGCUAGCUCUAGGGUUUUCUUGUUAUGGAAUGUGAGGAAGGGACCAUGUGUCAUAUCAUGGGUAUUUUUAUGAUAUGCAAAUUAUUACCCUCAUGAAAUAUUAUUAUUCUGGUAUUUCUUUGUGAAAAAAUAUAUUCCUUAAAAGGUUUGAUA